AUGGCACCCUGCGAAGACUACACUCUUGGUUGGAUCUGCGCACUGCCCGUUGAAGUUGCAGCAGCAAAAGCAAUCCUCGACCACGUUCAUGACCGUCGAAUCCCCGGCCAUGGUCCAGAAGAUGACACGCAUUACAUUCUAGGGGACAUCCACGGGCAUAAUGUCGUCGUGGCGUAUCCCAACGGAAGAACAUCGGAAGCCAAGGUGGCGACACAGCUGCAUGCGUGCUUCAUGGCCCUCCGCUUUGUUCUGAUUGUCGGCGUCGCAGGAGGAGUACCCAAUACCAAGGAGGAUAUUCGGCUGGGAGACGUUGUGGUCAGCAAGUCAAUGGCUGGCUUGCCGGCUGUCAUUCGAUACGAUGCAGCUGGAGUGCACUUGAAGUACACAUCGGUUCGCAAUGGGGUAUUAGAUCAGCCAUCACCAUUAUUGCUUAUAGCCAUGGGCAAAGCCGAGACCGCUGCAAUCUUAGACGAGAGCAGGAUGAACCAGUACAUCGCCGAAACCGUACUGACUGACCCCAGCCACUUUCGCUGUCCUGCCCCAGAGCACGACGUCAUCUCCGAUUCUAUGUACGAUCAUCCAGAUAUCGACCACGAGGAAGGAAUACGCGGUCCAGAUGGGAUCCAAUCUCGCCAGUCUGGUAAUGUACAAGGCCCAAGAGUUCAUUAUGGCACCAUCGCCUCCGGUGAGACGCCGAUGCGUGACGAGACGAUUCGGGACAAAAUUGCACAAGAGAAUACCAUUCUCUGCUUCGAGGCCAUGUCGUCUCGGCCAAGAGAUGCUGGCAGAUACUUGGUGGUCCGCGGCAUUUGUGACUACGCUGAUUCGCACACGUCUGAAGCCUGGCAACGUUACGCUGCAGUGGCCGCCGCAGCGUAUGCAAAAGAGGUUGUCUCUUUCAUACCCACCGUGUCGAACGCUCCUUUGGCCACCAGAGUGUAUGCCGAGGCCGCGCCCGUACUUGAUGCUCUACUUUUGACGAGACCGGAAGUCGAUCGAAAAUCCCUUGUUGCGUUGAAGGGACGUAGAGUCGACGGCACCUGCGAAUGGCUAGUACGACAUGUUCGCUAUCAGGAGUGGCUGAGAGAUGCGAAGCUUCAGGUUCUGUGGAUCUGCGGUGGUCCUGGCAAGGGGAAGACCAUGCUGUCGAUUUACAUCACGAGCGUGCUACAACCGUUGGCCGACGCUACUGACGCUGUUCUCCUUUACUACUUCUGCAGUAACCGCGACAAGAACCGAAACUCAGCCGUAACGAUAAUGAGGGGCCUUCUGCAUCAAUGGAUCGACCUUCACCCUCAUCUGGCCAAGGAAAUUAAGGGCUCAUUCGAAGGGACAGAGACCACCAAGUACACGACUUCGAAUUUCGUUCCUCUGUGGAGAGCCUUUGUGACUCUACUUCGACAGAGCAGAUCCCGGGUAAUCUGUGUCUUGGACGGUCUCGAUGAGUGUGCAAGAGACUCACUUGGACAGUUUCUCGAUGCCAUUGUGAACUACAUAUCGACGCCCGAGGAAAAACAAAGCCCGAGCUUGAAACUCAUUAUCCUUUCCCGACCUCAGCCGGCCUUACUUCAGAGCAGACUCGGGCACUUCCAGCGCAUCUCUCUGGACGCAUCCGACACCAUUAUUUCGCAGGAUAUCGAAAGAUAUGUUUCCGCCAAAGUUGCUGAGCUGGCAGUCGAACAGCAUCUUUCCGAUGAAUCAGUCAGGCGGGUUCAGCAGACCUUGCUGUCUGGCGCCGACGGAACCUUUCUUUGGGUUGGGUUUGCUGUCAACGAGCUUCGUGGCCAAAAUUGGAGCAAGAUUGAUGACGUUCUUCGAGAUCUUCCCAAAGGCUUGAGUGGGAUCUACCAACGGCUUUUGCAGCAGAUCAGCAACAAAGAGGUCCUAGUCCCCAUUCUUCAGUGGAUCGUCCUCGCUGCCAGGCCACUCACGCUUGAUGAGCUGACCAUGGCCACAUCUACAGAGGCAGUGGGUACUCUAUCAGCCAAACAAGUGCUUGUGAACCGGCUCAGGCUCAGCGGGCUACUUGUGAAGAUCGAAGGUGACGUGAUCAACUUGGUACACGAAUCGGCGAAGGAGUUCUUUCAAGGAGAUCAAGUCAAGAACAUCGAAGGGAUCAGUAUGUUUCAUAUGAACGAACACACCCACGAAAGGCUUAUGCAGACGUGCCUUGCGCACAUCGAGCGCAGUUUUGGCAACCUCGGAGGGCCUCAAGAAAUGUGGCAAAACAAGGACAACUAUGGCCGAACGCCAUUGUCGUGGGCGGUCGAUCAGGGUCAUCGGGAAAUGGCAGAGCUUUUGCUCGACCGCGGUGCCCGUGUCAAUUCCAAAGACCGAAGCAUGUUGACCGCACUCCAUAUCGCAGUCACUGGACAGCACGGGCCCGUUGUAUCUGUGCUGCUCGAACACGGGGCUUAUCUCGAGGCCAAGGGCGAACAUGGCGAUACCGACACGCCGCUCAUGCGAGCUAUCCUGGCAAAUUCGACGGAGAUAACGCAGAAGUUACUCGAGCAUGGAGCCCGCGUAGACAAGCUACCAUCUCUCUUGGGAAUAGCACCUUUACUAAAGCCAACUGAUUGCGUCGAUCAGCGAGUCGAAGAACUACUUGGGCUCCAAGAGAAGGUCUUCGACGCACGAUUUAAGCGUUCAACUCGCUUCGUCAAUAUGGUCAUGAAAGGCCUUGGACUUUCCCUCCGUCUACCUCUCGUCCUGGGCCUGAUGUCUCUUUAUCUCAAAUUCGUAGCACUGGACCGCUGGGAUGGCCUAUCGGUACUGCAGGAGCUUGUUCAGGAGAACAAAACGGAUGAACUCCGAGAAUGGGCAAAAUUGUACCAUAUGUUCUUUCUCGGCCUAAUUGCAGCGAGAAAUCCAAAGAGGCUUUACUCCAUGGGCGAACUGUCUACACAGAUCUUGCAAAAGGUUGCACCGAGAGAUCUCCAUGCGCUCUUGGCGAUUACAGUCUUCACCGGCAUGGAAACGGAACUUGCGACUGUCCAAUACAAAUGGAGCGAAGGGACUGCUAUCACAGCCGCGGCGAUCUCGGGUUGGGCCAACAUCAGCUGCGAGAGGGAUGCGCUGGAAUUCUUUCACUUCGGGGUUCGCGAGUUCCUCAAUGACUUCGAUGACUGCGUCCGAGCCAGGAGGCGCAAAGAAGCUGUCCUUCGAACGGCUUCGUUGUUGACCGUUCACUUUGCCAUGAUAGCGGACCGGAAAGCAGGGCCGAUCAAGUAUUUCUCUCGGGUUGUCGCAGAGUUCUUCGAAGGAUACAUCGGCAGCGAUUACGAGACCGAUUUGUUCAGCGAUGCAAAUCAAGCUUGCGUUCAUGAACUAUCCAAUAUUAGCGCAAAUCACGACUCUGCCAGAUUACACCUCCUUAUGACGAGUAUCUUCCAGUUCGCGCAGCAAGCUCAGGGAAAGGGCCAAGACCGCUUCCUCGAUGUUCCCUCGGCAUCAUGCUUGGUCCUCUGCCAGGAAAAUGUCAAAGCCCACGACUGGCUGGUCGGCGAGGCUAUCCCGUACGAACUCGGUGCGAUGAUCGCAGAGGAGUCCCCAGGGCCGUUGCAGAACCGUGCUUGCAAGUCGCUUGCACAGUGUCUGAUUAUUGGGAAGCAGCACGGAAUUGUAAGCUCUAGUGGCGCAAAGAGAGAGAGAGUGGAGAAGCGUUUGCAUUCCCUACCGGAGGUCAAACGCAUGAUAGCUCGGAUCUUAGGCCCGCGGACUGUCGAGGGGGUCGCAUAUCACUGAUGGAGUGCUAGCAGCGACGUAUGCGGUUGCUUGCAGUAAACGAGCUUGUAGCGUUGAUACAACCUCCAGACUUCAUCCAAAGAUGCGAUCUUUCCUAUCUAACUUCCUCUCGUCAGACUGUUCCCACCCAUGAGACGUUUCCACCAAUCCGAGCGGCCUGAUUUGGCCUUGCGCUUGUUGUCGCCCGGCUGGCUCGUCGGCGGCACCCGCAAUCGUGUCGGUAUACUUGUAGUUGCGCCUGUCAUAUUGCGUGGUUGCUCUGGUCCCAAGGAGAUAUCACGGUCCGACCGGGAUGGCUCCUUUUCGUCGGUCAUGAUUUGAUCGGGCACAGCCAACACACCCGGCGCUCGAAGCGCCUGGUAAAUCUGGCUGACUUUGUCGGAUUCGGGACCUGGCUCCGAGUAUCCUGCUCGUACAAGCCGCAGUAAA